UAUUUAAAUCUUUUGGGGAGUUAGAAUUGUAAGUGAUUUUAUUAUUUUUUUAAUUUAAUAUAUUUUUAUUGGCUUUUGAAUAUGGCCUCUACAUCUCUUGCAAAACAAUUACAAAAAUUAAGUGCACCUCAGACUUCUAUUUUGAGUUUGGGCUACAAAAAAACAUCACUUCUUGUUCAACCUAAAGAUAUAGCGAAUCAUGAUUUGGCAGCAUUUUUUGAAGUUGGUUUGAAAGGUCUUAAUGAUCUAAGUGAUAUAAAUGAAAAAUUUAUUAAAUUUAAAUCAACACUAUUUAGUCAUUCUUGGCAGACUAAGCAAAGAGCAAUUUUGAGUUUAUCUGAAAAUAAGAAAAUUGAUGGUUUGAUCGAAGAAUUUUUAUGUUUGUUAUCUCCUUACUUCAACUCAAAACCAGCAUUAUAUGCCCUUGAAUGGCUUGUACAUAGAUUUAGUGUUGAGCAAUACAAUACAGAUAUUUUACUCGGCUAUGCUCUACCAUAUGUUUCAACCCAAGUAUUCACAAGAUUAAUUCAAGUAAUUCCUAUUAAAAAUAAUCCUGAAGUUGCUAAAAAAUGGUGGUGGUUAACGAGAUCAAGAAAAACUGGUGUUCAAAUUAAUGAACAAAGUUUUAUUGCAGAGGCAAUCAAUGAUACAAGAUUAUUAAAACUUGUAUGUUCACUUAUUAUCAAAGUAGUUGAGGAACAUACAACAAAUGAAAAUUUAGUAACAGUGUGGACUAAUUUUUAUGCCAAACUUUUAGUUGCUGCUUUUAAAUCAUCUUCUAUUUCAAAGAAUAAUUUAAUAACAAUAUUUCUUCCAUCAAUAAUUAGUGGACUUGAAUCCAAUACAAGAUCAUUCACAGUUUCUUCUUUAAUUGUUAUUGGUGUUAUGUCUAAAUAUAUAACAUAUACUGAAAAGUUACUAGUAAGUUUGAUUAAAAAAAUAUUGUUUGUCCAACACAAGCAACUAUACUACAACUGUAUUUUAUUAAUAAGUGUUAUCUACAAAUCAUCAAGAAAUAUGCCUAAUGUAAAAAUAUCUGAUACUUGUAUUAAGUACAUGGCUGAAAAUUCUGAUUUGCAAAUAAAUGCUUUUAAAAAACUUUUAAUGUACGAUAAGAGUAUAUUUUAUUUAUUUAUUAUUAGAGAUAGUAUAAUACUUUCACAGAAAGAAAAAUCUAUUAGUUCAUUUAUAUCAAAUUUAAUAAAUGGUAUAGAUUUAAAAGAAGAUGACUAUACUAUUGAAUUGGUUAAAAUUAUAAUUGAAUCAACUAUUCAUGAGCCAUGGUAUGAAGAAUUAGUUAAAAAUGUUAAAAAUAAAUAUAAAAAAUCAUGGAAAAAUUCAAUAAAGUUGUUACAAGAUUUGCAGAUUUUAGAAAAUAAUGAUUCCAUGUGUAUCACUAAUUUACAUGAAACAUCAAAUGAUGAGAAAAUGGAUGUAGAUGUAAUAAUUAAAGAACCUGAAAAUAAUGAUAUGGAAAUUGAAGAUAGUAUGUUUACCAAACAGUAUUCAAGUGAUGAUGAACGUAUUCGAGUUUAUUGUGAAAGUUUAUGGGUUGAAAAUAUUAAAAUUACACAGAUUUGUAACUCUCUUAACUCUCUUAUUAAUAAAAAUGCUUCAUUUUUAAUAUUAUUAACUCCUGACAAUAUUGUUAUUCCAACACUAUUGUGUUGCUUGGCUUCUGAUGAACAACAGUACCGAAAAACAGCAAUAACUUGUUUUAAAAAAAUAAAUAAAACUUACAAAGAGACAAACACAUCCUACUUGUGGUUUAUAAAAAAUAUCCUCGUUAAACGUCAAGAUGUUCUAGUAGAUGGUGACCAAAUACGUCUAGUUUUGAUGUUUAUACUUCAAAUGGAUAACAUUGAUGCUAAAAACACAUUGGAUAAUCUAUUUAAAACUGCAUGCAAUUUUGAUAUAUCUUCCGCAUUACGCCUUAAAAUUUUUGACAUUUUAUCAGCAUUAAACUCAUUUAAUAUAUGUUUUAGCGCAUUAAGUCAUGGCUUAGAGUUAUUAAAAAAAUCAGAAAUUGAUGUUGCCGAAUCGCACAUUUUAAAAUUUGCUCUUAAUAAACUUCAUCCAAGUGUUAUAGAUUGGAAUAAAAUAUGGCCUAUAUGUGAAAAAUAUUUAAGAGAAACGAAUCCUAUAUUAAAUUUUGGCACUGGAAAAUUAGUUAGUCCUGUAACAGUUUUCGUCCAAACCCUUUCAACAGAAAUGUUUAAUACUAUGUCUGAUGAUUUUAAAUUGAACUUGAUAAAAACAUUACUUGAUUUACAAGCAAAAGUUGAAGAUAAUGAUAUUAUAGACUCUAUCAAAAGUUUUAUUCAUGAAGUUAAUUUUGAUAGUGUAAUGUUCAUUUCACAUAUUGAAAAAAUGUAUGAUGAUUCACCGAAUAGUGUUCGAUGGAAAAAUGGAAUUGCUCUGUUGGAGUUAAUACAAAAUAAAAAUAGUUUAGAGAAUGUCACUCGGUUGAUUCCUGUUUUAUUUCAUAUACUAAAAAAAUGCUUAGAGUUUGAAGAUCAAUCAAGUUUACUAGAAUACACAAAACAGUUAUGUUUAAGUUGUAUUCUAAAUUGUUGUACAACAACUAAAAAUGAUUUAGAAAAAUCAAAAAUUUCUGAAUACCUCAACUUAGAACUAAUUGUCUCAACCAUGCGUUUAUCUCAAAAUCAACAAACACAACAUCAUGCAUUACUUUUGUUGUCUAACUGUGCUCAAAUGGUGCCAGAGCAAAUUAUUUUACAUGUAAUGACUAUAUUCACAUUUAUGGGAAAUUCUGUUAUGCGCCAAGAUGAUGAGUAUACGUUUAAAAUUACUUGUCAAGUAUUAAAUACUAUUAUUCCUAUUUUAUUGAAAGAAGGCCAAACUGUAACUAGAAAAGCAUUAUCUGUAUUUGCUCGUAGUAUUUUAGAUAUACCUGAGCAUAGACGUGGAACGUUAUUAAGAUACCUUGUUCAAGCCUUGAAUACUAACAGUUAUUUAUGGGAGCUUAUUGUUCUUGUACUCGGAGAAUACAUAUCUGGUACAAUAGAUAUGAAAAACAAAGUAUCUAGUAAUACUAUUUGUCUAGAUAUCUGUGCUGAAUGCCCAAUAAAUGUUUUACUUGACACUUGCAACAGUAUAUUAAAUUACUGUAAAUUUGUUGAACUUAAAAAAGGAGAUUCGGAUCAAGCUACACUUAUUGACAUUUCACACUAUUCAGCAAACAAAUUGCAUAAAUUAAAAUAUUGCUUAGUAUCUUUUUUAACUAACUUACUAUCGUCUUACAAUUUUGUAUCAAAAGUAAUGUAUUGUACAAAUGACAUUACAUUAAAAGAAGGGUUCACUGAAAUAAUAAAAAAUACUUUAUGGUUUGUUCAACGCCAAGGUCAUAAUAACUAUUCUAUAAACUUUAUGCCUAUCAAAUAUUAUAGUAUUUUGGAUAAAGUUAAUGCUUUACUUCCACUAGAUAUAUUUGUCGAUGCUAUUAAUUACAUCUUGACUUUUGUUGUUCUUAAGUCAACACAACAUAGAACUAUGGAUUUACUAAAUAAAAGAUUACUAGAAUCUAAGUCAUUGACCCAAGAGCAAACUUUAAAAUUACUUGAACCUCUAUCAAAAAUAGCAAAUAUGUCAAACUUUAAUACAAAAGAAGAUCUGAAUGUUCAGCAAACUGCUCUUAUUUCCAUUACUUUAGUUACUAAAUGUUCAAAUAUUAAUGAAAAUGUAGAUAUAUUUAAAGGAAUCCUACAGAAAGUUACAAAAUCUGUGCAAGAGGUAUCUGUUGGACCAUUACUUGGAACAUUUGUACUAUGUAUUGCAGAGUUGGUGUCUGGCUUAAAAACUAAAGCAAUUUCCAGUUUUGCAUUGAUAAUACCAACAGUUAUUUCUGUUUUGCAUAAACUGAAUGACAUUAGUGUUAUGACUGAUGGUGCUUUAUUACCAAGUAUAUUAACUGGUUUAUUAAGAAUAAUAUCAGAACUUAAAAACUUUUUGAGUCCUUAUCUGGUACCUCUUAUAUAUGAAUUGGCAUUAUUGUCAGCUACAUGUGAUGACAAUUCAACCGAUGAAAAUUAUAACUACAAAUCUAUAAUAAAAACCAAAUUCCAACAAUUAGGUGAAAAAUUGUCUGAAAUUCCGGGAAGAAUUUUAGAACCUGCAUUGAGUAAUACUUUAAUGGAAAUUGUUAAGAACCUUAAAUUUACAGCAUUCCAAUAUGUUUUGAACAUAGGAAAAAAUAGUUUUAAAAAUGCCAUGACUGAAGAAUUUACCACAUUCCUGUUAAAAUCUUUAGAUUUUUGUUGUUUUACUCAUGAAUCUGAAAGUACAGAAACAAUUUUGGUGGAAAGUUCAGUUAUAUCUGCAAUAAGUGAAAUAGCAUUAAAAUGUUCAGAAUCAACAUUCCGUACAUUCUAUCAUAAACUUCAUGAAUGGAAAAAUGGUGCAAAAAAUGAUAUCUGUGUAUUAAUCUAUUUCAAGUUAUUAAAUGCGUUAUCAAGUGAGCUUAAAGGUUUGUAUCUUUUAUUUGCUGGAAAUUUGAUACCCACUGCUAAUUCAAUUUUAACUGAAUGUAAAACCAAUACAAUAAAAGAAAAAACAUUGCUCAUACAAUCUAUAGUUUCUACACUUUCCAAUGUGUUUAAAUAUGAUACCAUAAAUUUUACUACAAAAGAACGAUUUGAAAUUAUUAUGAACCCACUAAUUGAUCUUUUGGAAGCUGUAGACUUGGAAGACUAUAACAAUGUAUGUCAACAUUAUGUAAUACCUUGUAUAUCAAAUUUAAUAGCUGCUGUAACAGAUGACACCUUAUGGAAAGAUGUAAACUGUCAGAUUAUGCUUAAAGCUAGACAUCGUUUACCUGAAGUCCGAUCAGUAUGCAUUGAUACUAUAUUGGUUAUUGCAGAGAGACUAGGAGAAAAUUUCUUACCAUUACUACCAGAUUCAAUACCAUUUUUGGCUGAAUUGAUGGAAGAUGAACUAGAAGAAAUUGAACAAAAAACUCGCAAAGCUAUCCAACAAAUGGAAAAAUAUGUCAAUGAACCCAUUGAGAGUUACUUUUGUUAAAUAAUUUGAAC